GCGAACCGCAAAAAGCCAAAAUGGCGGAGCUUGGCAAAAACCAGAGACGCGUCCUGCUGUGUGCGAUCGGCGGAAUUUGAGUGAAAUACGGCCGUUUUGUGUGCGAAACCGGGCCGGAAGUGCGGCCCAACGCGAGCGGAACACGGUCCCGAUCGAGGUGCGGUAAAAUUUGCCCGCCGGCUGCCGGAAAAGGGCUCUCUUCUGUGCGCGGUUGCAGUUUUUCGUGUUGGAAAAAGUAGUGUAAUAAAUUGGCCCACACAACGACCCCGCGCGCGCACACACAUGCGAAAAAAAAGCCCAAAAGAAGAAGAAAGCAAAGCAGUCAAAAUUCACACAACAAACAGAGAGAGGAAACAAAAGUCUUAAAAAAAGCAAGUGCGCGUGAGUGAGAAAGCAGCGAAAAAUUUAUCAUUGAUAACAAAAAGUAAAUAACAUAACAAAGUAUAAUAAUCAAAAUAUUGUCACCUGCCAAAGUGUGAAAAAGAGAGAGAGAGAAAAGCAAGCGGUGCACGCCAGAAGGAGACGAAAGAAAAACAAAACAAGCACACUACUAAACAGAGAAGAAGCGCGCUGGUAGUAGUCGCCGUCGUCGCCUGCUGAGACCGCCGUCGUCAGCUGUGUUUAUAUGUGUGUUCUGUAUGUGUCGUGUACGUUUGUGUGUGUGUGUGAUGGUGUGUAAAGGAAAGUUUUCCCUUCGCGGCUUCUACGAUCAAAAGUAAAAGAAGUAAAAAGGAAAAGUGUUUGCAAUUUCAGUAGUGAGAAAAGCUUUCCUAGUAGCUUGUUUUAAGUUAUCCACACACCAACACACAGUCAACACACUUGCAAAGUGAUUGGAAAAGUGGUAGCAGCGGGGGGAAGAAGAGGAGGAGGAAGAGCUGGGGGGAAGUCGACAGCUUUCCUCUGAGCAGCAGCAGCGGCGGCAACAACAAGCGCGUGGCCACUAUGACAACAAACAUGUACCGGGUCGGAGACUAUGUCUACGUGGAGACAUCGUCGACGACCCCGUUCCAGAUCCGGCGGAUCGAGGAGCUCAACAAGACCCCCAGCGGGAACGUCGAGGCGAAGAUGAUGUGCUUCUACCGGAGGCGCGAUCUGCCCACACCGCUCGUGCAAUUAGCUGAUAAGCAUCAAAUGGCCACUUCGGAGGACUCGCCCGUCGCGAUGAAGCUGAAAAAGAUGUGGCUGAAAACGCCGGUCGGCGAGGAGCAGGCCGCCCAAGCUGUGUUAGAUCCCGCCCUAGUUGCCCUCGAAGAGGAACGAAACAGCCCAAACACGACCGGUGGCGGGGGAGCAGGCGGCGGUGGCGGCGCAGGUGAGAAAGGUGGUGGCGGCGGCGGAAAUGACCGAUCCGGCGAGCAGCUAAACCCCAAGCAGCGACACCAGAUGAAGCACCGCGAGUUGUUCCUGUCGCGGCAGGUGGAAACCCUGCCGGCGACCCAGAUCCGGGCCAAGUGCUCCGUUACGCUGCUCAACGAGGAGGAAUCGCUGCUGAGCUAUCUGAACAAAGACGACACCUUCUUCUACUGCCUGGUGUUUGAUCCGACGCAAAAGACGCUGCUGGCGGACAAGGGCGAGAUCCGGGUUGGCAGCCGGUACCAGACGGACCUGCAGCCGAUGGUGAAGGACGGCGAAAAGUACGACCGCAACCUGGAGGACAUGGAGACGCUGGUGUGGAACCCGACGCACACGCUCACGGACAAGAAGAUUGACCAGUUCCUGGUGGUGUCCCGGUCCGUGGGGACGUUCGCCCGGGCGCUGGACUGCACCAGCUCGGUAAAGCAACCGUCCCUGCACAUGUCGGCUGCGGCCGCUAGUCGUGAUAUCACCCUGUUUCAUGCGAUGGACACCCUGCACAAGCACGGCUACUCGAUAGAGGACGCGAUGUGUUCCCUCGUUCCGUCUUCCGGGCCCGUGCUCUGCCGGGACGAAAUGGAAGAGUGGAGCGCCUCCGAAGCGAACCUGUUUGAGGACGCGCUGGAAAAGUACGGCAAAGACUUCAACGACAUCCGGAACGACUUUCUGCCCUGGAAGACGCUAAAGAGCAUCGUCGAGUACUACUACAUGUGGAAGACGACGGACCGGUACGUGCAGCAGAAGCGGGUGAAAGCGGUCGAGGCCGAGUCCAAGCUGAAGCAGGUCUACAUUCCCAACUACACCAAACCGAGCCCGGCGCUGAUCACCAACAACAGCACCACCAACAACAACAGCAGCAGCACCGGCAAGAACAACAUCCUGAACGGCAACUCGAAUGGGAGCGGUGAAGUAUUAACCAUCAGCAGCGGAAAGCCGUGCGAGUCGUGCUCGACGCUAGCGUCGCAACAGUGGUACUCGUGGGGCCCCUCGCACAUGAAUUGUCGGCUGUGCCAGUCUUGCUGGAACUAUUGGAAGCGUUACGGAGGCCUUAAAGUAGCAUCGCGGUUAGCGGAUAGUGGUGAUGUUGACUCGACGACGACGACAGCGGCGGCGACAACGCCAACGACGGGGACGGGGACACCCGGUGGCGGAGGCGGCGGUGGCGGAACGACACCCGUGUCACUGAAAAAGCAACGAAGUGGAGGCGGAGUAGCAGGUGUGACGGGAUCGGGUUCCGGCAGUGAUAUCGACGACGAUCUGACGAUUGUGGCCAGCAGUGGGCCGAUCGGGAGUUUAGGCGGGAUCAGCAAUCACCGGCCGCACAGUCCUUCCUUCAAGUGUUCCAUCGUCAACUGCGGCAAGGAGUUCAAGCUGAAGGCCCACCUGGCGCGGCACUACGCGCAAGCCCACGGCAUCCAGAUCCGGUCCGGGUCGCCGCGACCGAUCAUGAAGACGCGGACGGCGUUCUACCUGCACACGACGCUCACGACGCGGUUAUCGAGGCGAUUGUGUCGGCAGAUCAUCCGCUCUAAAAAGGCCGCCCGCCAGCCGUCCUACGCGAUAAACAUCGCCGCCGUCAAGCAGGAAUUUGCCCUCGCGGAAGCCGGCAAGAGUAUAGCGGACAUCCGGCAGUUGCUGACGUACAAGAAGCGAGACCGGGGCAGCGUAACGCAGAUCGCGAAUCGUCUGGGCAACCCGGGUGCCACCUCCAACGAGUGGCUUAUACUCACACCGAAGGACAAGAUGCCAAAGCCGGACGUGGUAGCGUUUCCGAAGCCACCGAAGGCUCCGGACGGCAGCUUGAUAUACGAACGGAUACCAAAUAAACCCGAGGCUGAAAAAAUCCCGCUCAACCCGCCGCCGGUGGUGCCGAAUCUCGGAGGGCUAACCCCAACCGGUGCAGGUUCCGGUAGUGUAACCCCGAACUCACUCACCGUUGGACCGACCGCCGCAACGACGGCAGCCCCAACCGUGAUGAACGCCCUCAACGCUGGCUCGCUCGGUGGCAUCGGUGGUGGCAUUCCGACGCUGGGAAGCACCGCAGGAGUAACGCCCGGCGGUGGACGAACCACUCCGAAUGCCGCCGCCGCCACCAUCAUGGUGGGCAGCAACAGCAACAGUGGCAACGGCGGCACCAACACCUCACCUGCAUCACUCAAGCGGCGAAACUACGAGGAUGCCAACGGAAUCGAUGGUCCCGCGGCACCACCCCCCUCGAAGCGGCCCAACAAGGACCCGAUGCCGUCGCACCGGCCCACGCCCGAACAGUACGCGGCCAUGAUGGCGGCCGCGCAGGCCGCUGGCCAACCACUCCCGAGGCAUCAUAUGAACGGUAAACCAAAAAUUGCACAAAUGGCGCGGACCGGAUCCGGGCGGAAGCAGGUCAUUAGUUGGAUGGAUGCUCCAGAUGAUGUGUACUAUCGGUCGACGGAAGCGAGCAGAAAAACCCGCCGCAAGGUCCCCAUCACCGAGUUGCGACGGUCGGCGCGGAAACCGUGGCGCCAUCUGCACCCCAAGUACGCGGCCAUCAUCGCCACCCUGCUGCCCCCGAUCGUGACGAACUCGUUUGCGGCGGCCGCCGCUGCCGUGGCCGGUCUCGGCCAGCAACAGCAACCUUCCGCGCCACCCGCGUCAACGCUUCCACCGCUAACUCAUUCUGCCGCCGCCGCCGCUAAUCUUAAUCUCAAUCUCAACUCGACGGCAGCGACGAACCUGGCUGGCCUGGCCGGCAUUCAUCCGCUGGCGGCGACCCACAACAGCAUCGGCAGCAGCAGUAACAAUAACGGAAGCAGCAGCGGCAGCACAAACAACACUAGCAGUAGCAAUAAAGCCAACAGUGAUCUACAGGUUGUAAUCCUAGACUGACCCGAACCGCCGCAGCCGCCACCACAUCCAUACACGAUGGAAGCACUGCUCAAUUAACUCGUAAACACAAGAAAAAACUUCUGACUAAAACAGAAUAAAACAAUAGUGAAGCAUGAAAGUAACGAAAGUAAACAAUUGCAUGUAAUAAAAACAAAACACAAACACACACACACACACCGUAAGCAAACAAAACUCUAAACAACUCUGAAAAAAGAAGAUUGAAAUCGUUUUCGUUUUUAUUUUCGAUUUUAUCUUAAUUUUAGGACGUGAGGCGAUCGUCGCCGGAACCGGGACGACGCCUCCAAAAACAACUAUUUAACAAAUAAUGAUCGUGUAAAUCUAAACUAUUGAUGAUGAUGCUCUGUGAGACAAACAUGAAACGUAAUAGUGAAAAGUAAUUGAAGUGUAAGAGUGAAAAAAGUAGUGACGAGGAAAAUCACAAACAACAAGCUAAAAAUAAGUGAAAGAAAGAGAGAGAGGAAGGGUUUGAGGAAAAGAGUUUGGGCUCUGUCGCGAAUCGGCAGACACGAGUGUGCGAAUGUGCGUUUAAAGUAUAUUUUUUUCAUUUUGUAAAAAGUAAAACAAAAAACAACCGCUCCUUCUUAAGUAAGAGUAACUUCUUAAAAUAAAAUCGUGAAAAUGAACGAAAUAAAUUCAAACAAAAAAAAGAGAGAAAAAAAACACAAUUAAAAUUAAUGCAGCAAGAAAAUCGUGACGAAAGAAAAUUGAUAAUAAGCUAAACUCAAUUUACUAAGGCAACCGCAAAAGAUAAAAAAAAACACAAUUAGAUGAAAUACAAAGAAAUAAAAAGAAAA